ACAAUGGCAAGUACGGAGCAACAACUAAGAAAAAUUCUUCAUGAUAUCGCAAAUAAAGAAAGUUAUAUCCAAUACAAAAUCGAUAUUAAACCAAUAACAUCUGCAGGAGCGAACUACACAGCAGAUUUGUAUAUAGCGACAAUUUCAGAACCGCUGAACCCAGAUAUUCAUGUUUUUGCCAAGAUUGCAAAUCUCAAUGAAGAUGUAAGGAAAAAUAAUGAAUUUCUGUCCAGAGUGUAUAAUAUAGAAGCAUGGUUCUACUCUGAAAUGGCUGUCAACUUUGGUAGGCUAUAUAACAAACAUCAAGUUUCAGUUGAAGAUAGGCUGAUUAUAUCUAAAUAUUACGGACAUGAUUUGAUCCUUUACCAGGAAAUACUUGUUUUGGAAAACCUUGAAAUAAGAGGUUUCGAAACUUUUGAUAGAAUGAAGACUUUUGAUUGGGAAUAUGCAGCUGUCGCCGUGACUCAGAUGGCUAAAUUUCACGCACUAGGAUUGUCGUACCGCGAAGAGUAUCCUGAGGAAUUCGAAAAUGCGUACAGUAAUCUUAUUAUAGAUUUCUCCAAGAACCAACAAGAAAUGGACACAUUUACACAACAGGCAAUAGAAAACGCUUGUGAGGGUUUAAAUGACGAUUAUAAGCAACGAUUGAAAAACUUUUUUUCUUCAAAGGAAACCGUCACAAAUAUGACAACACAGAUGAUGGAAGAUAAGACAAUGCUAAUUCAUGGAGACUUUAGGCCAAGUAAUUUAAUGUACAGACGUCGAAACGGGCGAUUGGAAAUGGUACUCCUAGACUACCAAACCAUUAGGAUGGGAAACCCAGUGAUAGACCUGAUUUAUUUCAUCUUCUCUGGGUCUGACGGGGAGUUCCGGCGCCUGCACUACCAGCGUCUUUUGGACCACUACUUUACGGAGCUGACUGUUGCGCUGCGACACCUCAACAUUGACGUGAACAAUGUUUACCCCAGGAAGACUUUUGACACUAAUCUUAUUGAAGUGAGGCCUCUGGGACUAAUGUUUGGUCUGAUGAUGACGGGUAUGGUAACAGUGGCACCAAAGGACGCGCCGAAGAUAAACGGAGAUUUAUCCAGCAUGCACGUCAAGCCCAACCAACUGGCGCAGGAGAGAAUCAGCGGGAUAGUAAAAGAUUUUAUACAAUGGGGUGUUUUAUAAGAAGUAAA